ACAGGCUCAUGAGGCAACUCUUGAGGCGAGGGCCAGCCCAGAGCUGAGUGAUCGCAUGCAGCAGCUGGAGCGGGAGGUAACGAGGUAUCGGGAGGAGUCAAGUAAGGCUCAAGCUGAAGUGGAUCGUCUUCUGGAAAUCUUGAAGGAGAUGGAAAAUGAGAAGAAUGAUAAAGAUAAGAAAAUUGCAGAAUUGGAGAGGCAAGUUAAAGAUCAAAAUAAGAAAGUUGCAAAUCUGAAGCACAAAGAGCAAGUGGAGAAGAAGAAGAGUGCACAAAUGCUGGAGGAGGCCAGGAGACGAGAGGAUAAUCUUAAUGACAGCUCCCAACAGCUUCAGGUAACAUGAGAAUUGGAUAAAAGC